AUGUCUGGAAACUGUCAUAUUCUCCCUGAGAUUACUGUGGGAGAGAAAAGAAUCAUUGCCAGCCUUGCUGGUAUGCAAGCUAACAUAAAAGCAGUAAAGCGUCAAUUGUCUGACAUGGGCAAAAACGUUGGUGCCAUUGCAGCAACCAGCUCUGAUAACGCUGUACCAGCCAGCACGGUUGCCAACCCCAUUCCUGCUCCCAUUGUUGCCACCAUCCUUGCUACUGCUAGUACCGAGAUCACUGCACCUCCCAAAGCAGAUUUUGCUGCGGAACCAAGUAAGGCCAAUACCAAAAAUAAAUUCAUCAAAGGGUACAUGUGGGAUCCCAACUUUUGGUCAGACAAGCCUGCUUUGGGGCAGACAAACGAAAAUAGGUCCAGGUGGGUCACUACAGUUUGCUUUUGCAUUUCGCCUAACCAAGAGUUAGCUAAGAAUGUUUUUGACUAUCUGGUGCCCAAGUUUUUUGGUGUUGGAAUGAGAGAGGCAAACCUGAACAAAUAUGUCUACAUGACUUACUGUUCUUGUAAGAGUGAGCAAAACAAGGAUAGAGAGGCCAGGAAGAAGUUGAAUACUGUUUCCAGAAGACAUAGGCAUGAGAAGGAGCACUUCAGACGUUGCAAGGCAGCAUACAAUAAGAAUAAGAUUGCCAUUGACAAAAAAAUGGCGCAAGAUUGCUCUGCUCUGCUCAUCAGGAAAGCAAUGUCUGAAGCUGAUUUGAGCAGCAAUGCCCAUCAGUUACUGAAACAAAUUUGGUUAAGAACCACAGAUUUGGCAGUCCCAGACGCAAUUGCAUCACAGUUAUCUCAGUAG